AUGACUCAGGCCCAGGCGCCCCCACGACAGAGCCCGCUGGAUGUGGAGCUCCCAGCUGUCCACACUGGUGGCUGCUGGGGCAGCACUGGCCGCGGACACUGUGGCCGCUUCCCCGUCCAGUCUCAGCCCCGACAGCUGCCUGCUGGGCCGCCGGCUGGAGCAGGAAACACCGUGUCCCUGGGGCCGCCCUCCGCCGAGCUGUUCCGGGGCCGCGACGCGCACGGGCCGCUGCUGGCGCUGCUGGACGCCCACCUGGGCGCGGCGCGGGUGCAGCAGGUGGGCUGGUCGCUGCUCUGCAGGCUGCUCGAGGUCUGUCCAAGCUCCACGGAAGGCCUGACGGCGCCCCCCGACAUCGGCCCCGACUGGGAGGUGCUCGGGGCCCACCAGCUGGUUCUGAAGAUGCUCGCGGUCCACGGCGCCAGCGCCGACCUCUGCACGGUGGGGCUGAAGGCCCUCGACCUCCUGCUGGCGGCUUCAGGGAGGAUUGCGCUGCUGAUUCUGGAGGAGGAAAGUGACGUCUUCCUGCUGGUCCUCAGCGCCAUGCGCAGCUUCGCGGCCCGCAGUGAGGUCCAGCAGUUGGGCUGCCGCGCCCUGCACGUGCUGCUCGAGCGAGUCUCCGAGGAGCAGCUGGCGGAGUUCGUAGAGAACAAGGACCACGAGGUGCUGCUGGAGGCGCUGCGGCUCUUUGGCGGUGAUGUGGAGGUGGUGCUGCCCGCCCUGCUGUGCCUGCACGCCCUCGCCGUGCCCUGCAGCAACGUGGAGGUGCUCAUGAGCGGCAGCGUCCGGUGCUACAACGUUGUGGUGACGGCCAUGGUGGAGUUCCCUGGCCAUGAGGGCGUCCAGGAAGUGAGCUGCAGCCUGCUGCACCGGCUCUCGCUGGGCAACUUCCUCAACAUCCUGGUGCUGAACAAGGUGCACACGUUUGUGGUGGCAGCCGUGGGGCGCUUCCCGGGGAACGCCGCCCUGCAGGUGGCCGCACUCAGCUGCCUGGCCCUGCUCACCGAGACCAUUUUCUUGAACCAAGACUUAGAGGAAAAGAGUGAGGCCCCAGGCGCCACAGCAGCAGCGGAGGACGAGCGGCUCUUCUGGCUGGAGGCCUGUCACCGCGCCCUGGCCGGCCACCGCAAGGACAAGCACGUGCAGGAGGCCGCAUGCUGGGCGCUGGACAGCCUGCUCACGCACCAGCGCAGCCUGCACCGGAGGAUCGGCGACGAGGACGGCCAGUUCCCUGUGCACCGGGAGGUGAUGCUGUCCAUGCUGAUGCACUCGUCCUGCCCGGGGGUCUGCCAGGCCGCCACCAGCGCCCUGUCAUCGCUGCUGCAGCAGAACACCAAUUUCAGGAAGGUCCUGCUGUCCAAAGGGAUCCACCUGAACGUGCUGGAGCUGAUGCAGAGGCACGCGGGCACCGCGGAGGUGGCGGCGAGCAGCUGCCGCCUGAUGAACCGGCUUUUCCAAGGAAGCGACGCCUCCCUGGACACGGUGAUGGCCGUGGUCCCCAAGAUAAUCGCGGUCAUGCGCAGCCACGAGGCCGAGCUGCCGGUGCAGCUGGAGGCCACCCAGGCCAUCCUGCACUUCCUGGACCCAGGCGUGCCCGCGGAGAGCGGGGGAGGCCCGCGCCAGCUGGACGCGGCCAGAGAGCAGUGCUGGAGAAGCGGCCUGCACAAGCUGGUCCUGGCGGCUCUGAGCCGGUUCCCGGGGCACCCUGGGCUCCAGCGGGGCGGCCUGCGGGUGCUGUCCACGCUGGCACUGCUGCCCGAGGCUGUGGAGGUGCUGCGCCUGGACGGCGCUGUGGACACGGUGCUGCCCAACCUGCAGGGGCACCCCCAUGACGCAGAAAUCCAGCAUCUGGGUUUAAGUCUGAUAGGACAUCUGGCCACGAGCACCAGCCUGAGCACCGGAAAGGGCCCCCUGCUGGCCGCAGUCCUGGUGUCCAGCCUGCGGCGGUUCGAGGGCCUGGCGGACGUGCAGAUCGGGGGCCUCCGGACGGCGCUGAGGACGCUGGAGCUGUGGGCGCCCUUCGCGGGGCUGCUGCUGCGGCACAACUUCGACGAGGUGCUCUCCCGGCGGCUGAGCGCCUGCGCCCCCGAGCUGAUGGACCCGCAGCUCCUGGACCUCGGCUGCAAGUGCCUGGCCAGGCUGGCUGCGGAGGACGAGGCGCGGGGCGCGCUGCUGCGACGGGCCUGCGAGCGCGACGACGGCGUCCUGGCCGAGUGUCUGCUGCUGCUGGGGGCUGACAUCAACCACGCGCAGGCCCCGGGCGCGCCCGCCCUCAUCUGCCAGGUGUGCGAGGAGGCACGCAGCCCUGCGCUGGUGGAGCUGCUGCUGCGCCAGGGGCCCCGCGAGCAGGACGUGCGCUCCGCACUGGCCCUCAGCGUGUCCCGGGGCGACGGGGCGGCCAUCGGGCUGCUGCUGCGGAGACUCGCGCUGGACCCGGCCCACGGCAGCGCGUGCCUGGGCGGCCUCGGCCUGCGGAGGGUGGAGCCCGCCUGGCUGGCCCCGCUGUUCGCUGACCCGACGCCGAGCCCCGGGGGACAGUCGAGUGUCGGGGCCGCCCUGGCCAGGAUGGUGCUGGGGCACCAGAGGAGCAGCCCCGGGGCGGGGGCAGAGGCCCCCCGGGGCGAGGGCAGCCUGGCUGGAGACGCGCAGGACAGGUGCGAGGAGUGGACCCUUGUCACCGAGUUCCUUGUGGACGGCGUGUUUUCCCAGAGUGACGACCCCGACAGUGAAGGCAGCGAAGGCUCCGAUCCGGCGGGAAAGCUCGCACGCUCGGGCAGCCCGGGCGGGUCUGGCCACCUCCUCGCCUCGCCGCGCCCCUGCUACUUGCCCCGGCCCCUGCGCCCCGCCCUGCCGCAGGGCCCCAUCGGGGAUCAGGAGGACUCCAGGGAGGGGAGAAGGAGCGUCUUGUCCCCCGAGGACCCCCCGCGGCCCUGGGGCAGCCUGUCCCCCCCGCCCCCGGAGACGGGGCGCAUCACGUCCUUGGACUUGUCGGCCAACGAGCUGCAGGACAUUGACGCCCUGGCCCAGAGGGGCGGGCUCAGCGCUCACCUGGAGCACCUGGAAAGGCUGGAGCUGCACCAAAACGCGCUCUCGGGCCUCCCGGCCCAGCUGUGCCAGGUCCUGAGGCGCCUGACGCACCUGGACUUGCACAGCAACAAACUCACGUCCUUCCCGGCCCACGUGCUGAGCCUGAGCCGCCUGGCCUUCCUCGACGUGUCCAGGAACGACAUUGGCCCCCGUGUGCUGCUGGACCCGGCGUUGUCCUGCCCGGCACUGCGGCAGCUGAGCCUGGCCCACAACCGGCUGAGCAGCGUGCCCGAGGGCCUGGGCGCCGUGGCCAGCGGGCUGCAGCAGCUGGCCCUGGAGGGGAACGAGAUAGCUGGGACAUGCCCCUGCCUGUGCUUGACGGAGCUGAGGGCCUUAAACCUGAGUAAAAACCACAUCUCGGACCUGGCGGGCGGCUUCCUGGAGGCCUGCCCCAGGCUGGAGAGCUUCAGCGCCAGCAUGAACCUCCUGGCCACCUUGCCCACCCUGCCCCCCUCCUUGACGAGCGUGAAGCUGGCCCAGAACAGGUUCGCCUGCGUCCCGGACGCCCUGCUCAGCCUCCCGCACCUGCGGUCCUUGGACAUGAGCAGCAACGAGAUCCAGAGCCUGCCGGGCCCGGCGCACUGGAAGUCCCAGAACCUGCGGGAGCUGCUGUUUAGCCACAACCACAUCAGGGUCCUGGACCUGGGCGACAAGGCCUGUGCCUGGGCCCGGCUGGAGAAGCUGCACCUGGCCCACAACAGGCUGAGGGAGCUGCCCCCCGAGAUCGGCUGUCUGCAGAACCUGGCCUCGCUGGACGUCAGCGGCAACGCGGAGCUGCGGUCCUUCCCCAACGAGAUGGGGAAGCUGAGCAAGAUGUGGGACCUGCCCCUGGACGACCUGCGCCUGGAUUUUGAUUUCAAGCGCGUCGGCUGCAGAGCCAAGGACAUCAUCAGGUUCCUGCAGCAGCGGCUGAGGAAAGCCGUGCCCUACAGCCGGCUGAAGCUGCUGGUCGUGGGGAACGCGGGCAGCGGCAAGACCACCCUGCUGCGGCAGCUGAUGAGGGCCCGGAAGGCCGAGGCCGCGGCGCCCGGCCCCACGGUGGGCAUCGACGUCCGGGACUGGCCGGUGCCUGUGCGUGGCAAGGGGAAGCGCGACCUGGUGCUCAGCGUCUGGGACUUCGCAGGCCGGGAGGAGUUCUACAGCGCCCACGCCCACUUCAUGACCCCCCGCGCCCUCUACCUGGCCGUGUUCGACCUCAGCAAAGGGCCGGCCGAGGUGGAGGCCAUGAAGCCCUGGCUCUUCAACAUAAAGGCCCGCGCCUCGGCGUCCCCCGUGGUACUCGUGGGUACUCACCUGGACAUCUGCGAGGAGGGCCAGCUGCAGGCCUGUGCAGCCAGCGUGGCCCAGGAGCUGCUGGGGCGGCGGGGCUUCCCGGCCGUGCGGGGCUGCCACUUCGUCAACGCCACGCAGGACUCGGACGCCCUGGCCAAGCUGCGCACGGCCAUCAUCAGGGAGAGCCUCGGCUUCAAGAUCCGGGCCGAGCCCGUGGUGGGGCAGCUGGUCCCUGCCUGCUACGUGGAGCUGGAGAGGCUCGUCCUGGCGGAGCGCAAGAGCAUGCCGGCCGAGUUCCCCGUGGUCAGCCGGCAGCGGCUGCUGCAGCUCGUGAGGGAGCAGCAGCUGCAGCUGGACGAGAGCGAGCUGCCCCAGGCCGUCCACUUCCUCAGCGAGUCAGGGACCCUCCUUCACUUCCAAGACCCCGCACUGCAGCUGGACGACCUGUACUUUGUGGACCCCAAGUGGCUCUGCAAGGCGGUGGCCCAGAUCCUGACGGUGAGGACGGAGGGGUACCCGAAGCACCCCCAGGGCAUCGUGUCCCGAAGAGACGUGGAGAAGUUCCUCACCAAGAGAAGGCGCUUUCCCAAGAAGCACCUGCCGCAGUACUUCAGCCUCCUGGAGAAGUUCCAGCUCGCACUGCCCCUCGGGGAGGACCUCCUGCUGGUGCCAAGCAGCCUGCCCGGCCACACGCCGGUGAUCGAGCUGCCCCACUGCGAGAACUCGGAGGUCACUGUGCGGCUGUACGAGACGCCCUGCUUCCCCAUGGGCUUCUGGCCGCGGCUCAUCAACCGUGUCCUGGAGAUCUCGCCCUACAUGUUGUCCGGGAGAGAGCGCGCACUGCGCCCCAACAGGAUGUACUGGCGGCAGGGCGUCUACCUGAGCUGGUCCUCCGAGGCCUACUGCCUGGUGGGCGCCGAGGCCCCGGACGGCCGCCCCGAGAGCUGCCUGCGGAUCACCGUCCCCUCCUGCAGGAAAGGCCGCAUCCUGCUGGGCCAGGCGGUGGACCACAUCGAUUCGCUCCUGGAGGAGUGGUUCCCGGGGCUGCUGGAGACAGACGUCUGCGGGGACGGGGAGACGCUGCUCAAGAAGUGGGCGCUGUACAGCUUCCGCGAUGGCGAGGAGCCCCAGAGGAUCCUGCUGGACGACCUGGCCCGGGAGGCAGAGCAGGGAGACCUCCUGGUCAGCCCAGACGAGCCCCGGCUCACGGUGCCCAUCGCCCAGAUCGCGCCCGACCUGAUGCUGGCUGACCUGCCCAGGAGCAUCGUGUUGCGUCGUGAGGCCCUGGAGCUCCAGCAGGCGCCCGAGCUGCUCCUGGGCGACGGCAGCUUCGGCUCCGUGUACCGCGCACGCUACGACGGGGAGGAGGUGGCCGUGAAGAUCUUCAACAAGCACACGUCGCUGCGGCUGCUGCGGCAGGAGCUGGCCGUGUUGUGCCGCCUGCACCACCCCAGCCUGGUCUCCCUGCUGGCGGCCGGCAUCCGCCCGCGCAUGCUGGUCAUGGAGCUGGCUGGCAGGGGCUCGCUGGACCGGCUGCUGGAGCAGGGCCCCGCCGGCCUCCCCCGCACCCUGCAGCACCGGAUCGCCCUGCACGUGGCCGAUGGCCUCAGGUACCUGCACUCGGCCAUGAUCAUCUACCGGGACCUGAAGCCGCACAACGUGCUGCUCUUCACGCUGCACCCCAGCGCGGCCGUCAUUGCCAAGAUCGCCGACUACGGCAUCGCCCAGUACUGCUGCCGCAUGGGCAUCAAGACCUCAGAGGGCACCCCAGGGUUCCGCGCGCCCGAGGUGGCCAAGGGCAACGUGGUCUACAACCAGCGGGCGGACGUGUACUCCCUGGGGCUGCUGCUCUACGACGUCCUGACGGCCGGACGCAGGAUCGCAGAGGGGCUGAAGUUUCCAAACGAGUUUGAUGAGUUGGCCGUACAAGGAAAGCUGCCGGACCCAGUCAGAGAGUACGGCUGCGCCCCGUGGCCGCUGGUCGAGCAGUUGAUCAAGAAGUGCCUGAAGGAGAACCCUCAGGACAGGCCCACCUCUGCCCAGGUCUUCGACAGCCUGACGGCGGCCGAGCUGGUCUGCCUCGCGAGACACGUCCCGCUGCCCGGAGACCCGCAGGCCGAGUGCGCGGCAGCCUGGAGCCUUGGCGGUGGGCGCGUGGGCGUCUGGCUGGGCUGCGGGCGGGCCAGCAGCGGGCAUCUGGCCAGCCUGGACCUGCACACGGAGGCGCUCACCUCCCAGGAGGUGGCAGAUAGCCAGGUCCUCUGCCUGGCCCUGGUGCCCCUGCCGGCCGACCAGGACGUCUGGGUUGUGUGCGGGACCCAGUCCGGGGCGCUCCUGGCUGUCAACGCCCAGGACGGGGAGAGGAGGCACGCCCUGGGGCGCAUGACGGAUGCCGUGACCUGCAUGUGCUGCAAGGCCUUCUGCGGGCAGAGACAAAGCAGUUUUCUUUUGGUGGGAACGGCCGAUGGCACCUUAGUGGUUUUUGAAGACCGAGCCGUCAAGAGCCCGGGAGCCGCCCCUCUGCAGACAGUGACUCUGGGGGACGCCAGCACCCCCCUGCUGUGCUUGAGCGAAUCCGCGAACUCAGCUGAACGGAACCUGGUGUGGGGAGGCUGCGGGACCAGGGUCUUCUCCCUUGGCCAGGACCUCUCCGUGCAGACGCUCAUCGAGACCCGCACCAGGCAGCUGUUCUCCUACGGGGCAUUCGGCGAGGCCAACGUCACAGCUGUGGUGGGGGACAUGGUGCUCUACGUGGCCAAGCAGAGCAGCCCCUUCGUGGAGGUCUGGGACCAGAAGACCCGGAAGCUAUGCCAGCUCGUGGACUGUGCCCACUGGUUAAGGGAGGAGGCGGCACCAGGAAGCAAGGACUGCAGGCCCUCAGCCACCUACGUGGGGAGGGUGAAGGCGCUGUGUCUGCAGAAGAACACAGCCCUGUGGGUGGGCACCGGCGGAGGCUGCAUCCUACUGCUGGACCUGUCCACGCAUCGGCUCAUCCGGCUCAUCCGCGGUUUCUACGACUCCGUGCGGGUCAUGGUGACCGCACAGCUGGGCAAGUCCCCAGGCUUCUUGCCUGGUCCCUCUCUCUUUUUAAAGAUUACAUGUUUACUUGUUUUUGUCUUCUUGCACAGUCGUUCAUUUUUGUACAGUGACUGGUUUCUCCCCCAGGUGCGGCCCCCACGGUUUUUCUACCACCACAGCCCCCCAACUGUCACCCUGUCCCUUGAGCUCAUCCCUCCUGUCUUCUGACCCCUCUCCUUCCCCUCCCCUACCAUGUGCCUCAGACCUAUGGUCAGCUGCCCUGGUUUGUCUUUGCCUUGACCUUUUGUUCCGUUUCUCUAUAUUGCACAUAUGGUUAAAACCAUUGGUAUUUAUCUUUUUCCUUCUGGCUAUUUCACUGAGCAUCAUUCCUUCCGGCUCCAUCCAUGUUGCUGCAAAUGGCAAGAGCUUAUACUUUUUGAUGGCUGCGUAGUAUUCCAUUUUGUGUUUAUAGACCACAUCAUUUUGAUCCAGUCGCCUCUUUUUUGGGCAUUUGGGUUGUUUCCGUAUCUCAGCUGCUAUAAAUAGUGCUGCCAUGAACACAGGAGGGCAGGUGUCCUUUUGGAUUAAUGUGUUUGUGUCCUUUGGGCAGAUGCCUAGGAGUGGAGUCGCUGGGUCAUAGGGUAGCUCCAUUUGCAGUAGUUCGGGGACCCUCCACAUGGCUUUCCACAGUGGCUGGGCCAGUCUGCAGUCCCUGUUCUCUGGAGAUUUCAAGUCUGCUCUUCUAAAAAUUUGUUCUCACUGUCCCAUGUCCCUGGGGCUGUCUUGGCGGCUCUUGGCCUGAGCUCAGACUGGGAGCGGGUAGAGGAGUGGGUGCUCCCGUCCCCCAGGAAUCAGCGGUGGAGUAGCUCUGAGCAUUGGGGGGUCUUGCUUUCUCUUUCUCCUUUACACUUAAGGCACAAAUGGGAACUCUAUCACGUUGAGGUAUUUUUGCUUUCAACAAAGAAAUUACAUAUUGAUUCUGAUCCUAGUCUAGCAUCUGUCCUUAUGAAAGAAUCCUGUUAAAUAAACUCAUGGUCCUGUGGCAGCACAGCCAGCACCACAGUCCACAGAUGUGGCAGUUCAGGAUGUUUUACUCAGGCUGUAAUGUCGUCUUUUGUCUGGUUCCUGCUUUCCGGCUUUAGUGUGAAGAAACCCUAACAGCACACAAGUAUGCUUUCUGCACACGUAAUUCCCAUUUCCUUGUUUUUUUGCCUGUGGUUUGGCUUAGAGAACAGCAGUGGUCUCGACACAGAGUCGAUCGAUCGCACAGUAGCAGUGCAGGGCUACGUCCUGUAGUUAAAGCGUCUGUACAUUUAGAAAUAAGGCGUAAAUGUUUAGAGCCUGAAGAAAGUGCUGAAUCGUUUCUCCAGGCUGUGCUGCGCUCCCCGCGCUGCGGCGCGGUGUGCCCUGCGGGUC